AUGCCUUCCUCACAGUUCGCCCACAAAGAAAAGUAUCGGUACCAGAAUGGCUUCAACUCCUACCAUGAGUCAGAAGCCGUAGAGGGAGCAUUGCCCAUCGGCGCAAACUCUCCUCAGAAACCACCAUACGGCCUCUACGCUGAGAAGCUAUCCGGGACUGCCUUCACUGCACCGCGACAUGAGAACCAGCAAACGUGGUUGUACCGCGUGCUGCCCUCGUGCGGGCACAGCAACUUCGAGCCCCGCGAAUCCUCCACAUACAACACCAACCCUGAGAACAAGCCAUACGAGAAGAUCCACCAUAUCCCAAACCAGCUACGAUGGGACCCCUUCGACCUUGACGAGACGGUGGAUUGGGUGCACUCGCUACAUCUUGUAGCUGGCGCUGGUGAUCCUACAAUGAAGCAGGGCCUUGGCAUGUACAUCUAUGCAGCAGGAAAGAGCAUGGAUGCGAAAGAGGCCUUCUACUCCGCCGAUGGAGACUUCCUCAUAGUACCUCAGCACGGCGUGCUGGAUAUUCGCACAGAGCUAGGCCGUCUACUAGUACGGCCAAACGAGAUCGCCGUUAUCCCACGCGGCAUCAAGUAUCGCGUCGAUCUUCCAGAUGGCCCUGUGCGAGGGUACAUCCUUGAACUAUACCAAGGGCACUUCCAGCUGCCAGAGUUGGGCCCGAUUGGCUCCAAUUGCCUCGCGAACGCGCGUGACUUCCAGGCACCCAUAGCAGACUUCGACGAGGACACUGAGACCGAAUGGCACGUCUUGUGCAAGUUUGCUGGCCACCUCUUCUCUGCCAGACAGGGUCAUACUCCUUUCGAUGUUGUGGCAUGGCAUGGUCUCUAUUACCCAUACAAGUACGAUCUUGCUCGCUUCAACACAAUGGGCAGCGUCUCGUUUGAUCACCCAGACCCCUCCAUCUACACUGUAUUGACCGCGCAGUCGGACCACCCAGGCACGGCAGUAGCAGACUUUGUUAUCUUCCCACCCAGGUGGCUGGUCGCCGAGGAUACAUUCCGGCCGCCGUGGUACCACCGCAACACCAUGUCUGAGUUUAUGGGUCUGAUCCAAGGUCAAUACGACGCCAAAACCGGUGGUGGGUUUCAGCCCGCUGGCGCAUCGCUCCACAAUGUAAUGGCCGGCCACGGUCCAGAUGCUUCUACGCAUGAGAAAGCGUCUAAUGCUGAGUUGCAGCCCCGCAAGGUUGGCGAGGGUAGUAUGGCCUUCAUGUUUGAGAGUUGCCUGAUGGUCGGCGUGACUGACUGGGGCCUGAAGAAGUGCAAAAAGGUGCAGGAAGGGUACAAUGCGGAGAGCUGGGAGCCGCUGAAACCGCACUUCAAGAGACCGACUCCGGCGAAGAUCGACAAUGGUGUGGAUGGAAAGGAUGGGGUCAUUGGCGACAAGGCUCAGGUGCCUCACUGGACUUCUUAA